UGCCUAUUAUGAAUAUGAGGAAAAACUGUAUUUAUCAGCUGAUAAUGAAGAAAAAUUAGCAACUAUUUUAGCUGAUCGUGUAGUAAAUCCUGAUAUUGAUUACAUUACAUAUCUUUAUAAAAAGUUUUAUAUCUCUCAACUUGGAGCAUGA